AUGCAGCUCUUGAACAUCGUCCUCGCCCUCGUGCCCCUCGUUGCUGUCUCUGAGGCUGCUUGCCACCAGAGCGGCGAGUCUUGGGGUUCCAUGAAAGACUCUAAAAAGACGCACUGCAUCUUCGUCCCUGGCCCCGGCAAGCACGCCGACCUUGAGGUCAAGCGUCUUACAGGCGGCUCCACGACCCUGUCCGAGUAUGAUUGCUACUACUACCUGAAACUUGAGAUCACUGGCUGCGAUAAGGGUGGCCGACGCGCUUACGACAACUAG